AUGGCGCAAUUGCAGUUUUGUGACGCUUUUUGGGGAACUGACUUCACUGAUCACUCUGGUUAUGAGGCCAUUCUGCAGAGGCUUAACGAAGGCAGACGCAUGUGUAAGGAUGUUGAGGAGCUGCUCAGGAUGAGGGCUACGGCAGAGGAAAGAUAUGGAAGAGAUCUUGUGACAAUUGCUCGAAAGGCGGGUGGCCAAGCAGAGAUCAGCACGUUGAAAGCAUCGUUUGAUCAACUUAAAGCACAAAUCGAGAACACGGGGAACCUGCACAUUGAGCUGGCAGGAAUGUUGAAGGAGGAGAUUCAGAAAGUAGAAGCGUUCAGAGAGAGACAGAAGGAGCAAAGAAAAAAGCUAGAGGAGAUCAUGGAGAAGGUUCAGAAAAGUAAAGUGACCUUGUACAAGAAGACCAUGGAGUCCAAAAGGUGCUAUGAGCAGAGGUGCAAGGAGGCAGAUGAAGCAGAGCAGGCAGCGGAGAAGAGGAACAAUGACAGUCCCUCCAAUUUGAGACAGUCAGAGAAGGUCCAGAACAAAGCCAGACUGUGUCGGCAGGCAGCUAAUCUAGCAGAGAAGCAGCAUACAUUGAACAUUGAUCAGCUAGAGAAGACUCGCCAAGAUUGGGAGAGUACUCACAGGAGCACAUGUGAGGUUUUUCAGCAGCAGGAGUCCGAUCGUAUCAGUAUGCUGCGCUGUGUAUUGUGGGACCACUGCAAUAUGCUCUCUAUGCAGUGUAUUAAGGAUGAUGAUUGCCAUGAGGAAGUCAGGAAAACUCUGGAAAAGUGUGACAUAACCGUAGAUAAAGACUUCUUCAUUUCAGUGAGAAAGACAGGCUUAAGUCCACCAGAGCCCAUAAAGUUUCAGAGUUACUAUGAGCGGGAGACCAAUGGGAGCCCGGGUCAGGCCCACAAGAGCAGCCUUACUCACUUGCAGCAAGAGGCCACCGGCGGCUCCAGGUCUAGCAUUAACAAUUGGAGGUCCUCAGUGGCACCAUCUAGUGAGGUACUGGUCUCAGGCAGAGAUGAGGCUGGUGGUUGGGCCUCCACGCAACUUCCCGAGAGGACAAGAGAGGCUGACAGAGAUGAGAGUGUGGAUCAGUACAUGGUGAUUUAUGAUUAUACAGCUCAGGACAAUGAUGAGCUGUCCAUCACUAAGGGUGAGUUUUUGGUGGUGACUGAUAAGGGUGAGGAUGGAUGGUGGACAGCCCACAAAGGAAACAUGGUUGGUCUUGUCCCUGGGACUUAUCUGGCCAAAGUCUGACCAUGGACCAGCCUGCUUACCCAUAGUCUUAUCAAAGAGUGACCAAAGAAGUUUGUGACAAGAUCACAUAAUCGCUGUCGUUCUCCAGAGAUUUACCACAG